UUUCUCUUAAACUUAUUCACCAGUUCAGUUACAAUGGGACUUCUCACAAUUCUUAAGAAAAUGAAGGAAAAAGAAAAAGAAAUGCGUCUACUCAUGUUAGGACUGGACAAUGCCGGGAAAACCACUAUCCUCAAGAAAUUUAACGGAGAAGACAUAUCCACCAUAUCGCCCACACUAGGCUUCAAUAUAAAAACUCUGGAGCACGGGGGAUUUAAGUUGAAUAUUUGGGAUGUUGGUGGUCAGAAGAGUCUGAGAUCUUACUGGAAGAAUUAUUUUGAAACAACUGAUGGUUUGAUUUGGGUUGUGGAUAGUGCUGACAAAAGAAGGUUAGAAGCCUGCAGUAAAGAACUCUCUGGUCUUCUCCUCGAGGAGAGGUUAUCUGGUGCCACUUUACUGGUCUUCGCCAACAAGCAGGAUCUUCCUGGAGCUUUGGACCCAAAAGAGAUCAGAGAGGUACUCGAACUGGAUAACAUCAAAACUCAUCACUGGAUUAUUCUGGGUUGUAGUGCUGUGACUGGUGAGAAUUUGUUGAAAGGCAUGGACUGGUUGAUUGAGGACAUUGCAUCGCGGAUAUUUACUGUUGACUAAUUUAGAAUUUUUAUCACGAAUAUGUUAUGGAGUACAAUGGGCACCUCAGUUUUGAUAUAAUUAAUCACUAUUUUCGUUUAUUAGAGAAUUUUUGAAGAAAUAGCGCACCUGGCUCCACUAUUUUUCACAAUUUUUGCCACAAAAUUACGGCGAAAGUGGCUUAGCUAUUAUGACUUUCUACUCUGUUUCGCCAUUCAUGCGGGAAAUCUCAAGGGCCCCCCCCCCCCCCCCCCCCCCCCCCGGUAUAAGAUAUAGGCAUUAUAUAUAUAACCAUUUGCAUUAACCAUUGUUUUGAGUAUUAUACUCUCAGUUAAUAUGAGGUCGCUAUAUUUGAUUUAACUUCUUUGUUUACUAUUUGUUUGUUAUGUAUAAACUUUCAUGUAUCAAAUUAACGUAACAUUUUUUAUUUGUACUGUAUAUAUAAUACUAUAUAGUAAUAAUAACCAGUCAUCCAUACU